AUGCCGUCCCCUCUCCAACCAAAUGCCACUACAAAGGUCUGCUUCGUGACUGUGGGUGCUACAGCUUCUUUUCAUCUUCUUUUACAGUCGGUACUCGCAGACCAGUGUCUGCUGGCAUUACAGAAACUAGGGUUUACCCACCUACUUGUGCAAUAUGGAAAGGACGGCCAGGCUCUUUGGGAUGAGUUCCAGAACAGAUGCCCUCCUGAUAGUGAAAGCCGACAUGGACUUGAAAUCGCCGGAUUCGACUUCAACCAGGCUGGAUUAGACGAGGAGAUGGGUUUGGCUCGGGCUGAUCCGUCUGAGGGUCGAGUCGGGGGACUAAUCAUCAGCCACGCUGGAUCGGGAAGUAUUCUUGGAGCAUUACGGCUUGGUGUGCCACUUGUUGUUGUACCGAACCCAACCCUGAAGGAUAAUCACCAGGAAGAACUGGCACAGGAACUGCAGAAGCAGGGAUAUGUUGUCGCCAGCAACUACUGGGAAAUUUCGAGCGCACUCGCUCGUGCAGAAAAGCUGCGAGCUCAGAUGCUGGCUUGGCCGCCUGUGUGUGGAAUUGAAGCCCGCCUUUGGGUCUUUAUCACUAGCACCGGUCGAAUCCACUCUGCCGGGCGCAUUGAAAGCGAUACAUCUCUGGCCGUGAGCCUUGAGCAAUGA